AGAGAGAGGGCAAACUUUGCGUGAUUGUGGCGGAGACGCUUUAUGGACUCACCUUGUCAAUCGCGGCAACCACCGAGCAUACCUUCACAUACAUUCCCAACACCCGCUUACGACGGACAGUGGCGAGGAAUCCCCCCCAGGAAAGAGCAUCCUCUGACGCUGUUCAUGCCGGAUAAAGUUUAUGAGCAGCGUGGUAGAGGAGAGAGGAUAAAGACUCGACUGCAUAGCUUUCGAUAAACUUAGUAGGAAGUCGCUCGUCGCCGCCAACUGAAAUGGGCACCUUGCGCGACCUCCAGUACGCGCUACAGGAGAAGAUUGAAGAGCUGCGCCAGAGGGACGCGCUCAUCGACGAGCUGGAGCUGGAGCUCGACCAGAAAGAUGAGCUUAUACAGAGACUUCAAAACGAACUGGACAAAUACCGCUCCGUUAUCAAACCGGCAACCCAGCAGGUCCACAAGCAGAAUGAGCUCAACGAGCAACAGCGGACGAAGAGGCAGGCAAUUUCGGCCGAACCCACCGCCUUCGACAUCCAGGAUCUCAGCCAUGUCACCCUACCUUUCUAUCCCAAAAGUCCACAGUCCAAGGAUCUGAUCAAGGAAGCCAUCUUGGACAAUGACUUCAUGAAGAACCUGGAGUUGUCGCAGAUCCAAGAGAUCGUGGACUGCAUGUACCCUGUGGAGUAUGGAAAGGACAGCUGUAUCAUUAAGGAGGGCGAUGUGGGCUCACUGGUCUACGUCAUGGAAGACGGGAAGGUGGAGGUGACGAAGGAGAGCCUGAAGCUCUGCACCAUGGGGCCAGGAAAGGUGUUUGGAGAGCUGGCUAUUCUCUACAACUGCACCAGGACUGCCACUGUCAAGACUCUAACAAAUGUGAAGCUAUGGGCCAUCGACCGACAAUGUUUUCAGACGAUCAUGAUGAGGACGGGUCUCAUCAAGCACACGGAGUAUAUGGAGUUUCUGAAAAGUGUCCCAACAUUUCAUGGCCUGCAGGAAGAUAUUCUGAGCAAGCUUGCUGAUGUCCUUGAGGAGACACAUUAUGAAGAUGGAGAGUACAUCAUCAGACAAGGGGCCAGAGGAGACACCUUCUUCAUCAUCAGUAAGGGAAAGGUUAAUGUGACUAGAGAAGAUUUGCCCAAUGGAGACCCCGUCUACCUGCGCAGCCUCGGAAAAGGCGACUGGUUUGGAGAGAAAGCACUGCAAGGGGAGGACAUCAGGACGGCCAAUGUCAUUGCAGCAGAGGCAGUCACCUGUUUAGUCAUCGACAGAGAUUCAUUCAAGCACCUGAUUGGAGGUUUGGAGGAUGUGUCCAGUAAAGGCCAUGAGGAUGCUGAUGCCAAAGCCAAGUAUGAAGCAGAGAAUGCGUUUUUCUUCAACCUCAACCUAGCUGACUUCAACAUCAUCGACACUCUGGGGGUUGGUGGCUUUGGACGUGUCGAGCUGGUUCAGCUCAAGAGUGAUGAGAACAAAACUUUCGCAAUGAAGAUCCUGAAGAAGCGGCACAUUGUCGACACAAGACAGCAGGAGCACAUUCGUUCAGAGAAGCUCAUCAUGCAAGAGGCCCACUCUGACUUCAUUGUUAGACUCUACAGAACCUUCAAGGACAGCAAGUACCUCUACAUGUUGAUGGAGGCGUGUUUAGGGGGAGAGCUGUGGACCAUUCUUCGAGACCGGGGUUCAUUUGAGGACUCAACCACCAGGUUUUACACAGCUUGUGUGGUAGAGGCCUUCGCCUACCUGCAUUCCAAAGGAAUCAUCUACAGAGACCUCAAACCAGAGAACCUUAUACUGGACCACAGGGGCUAUGCCAAACUGGUGGACUUUGGCUUUGCCAAGAAAAUCGGGUUUGGGAAGAAGACGUGGACCUUCUGUGGGACGCCGGAGUAUGUAGCACCAGAGAUCAUUCUGAACAAGGGCCACGACAUCUCAGCUGACUACUGGUCUCUAGGAAUCCUCAUGUUUGAGCUCUUAACUGGCAGCCCUCCGUUCUCUGGCCCUGAUCCGAUGAAAACCUACAACAUCAUCCUGAGAGGCAUUGACAUGAUCGAAUUUCCAAAGAAAAUUACCAAAAAUGCUGCCAACCUAAUCAAAAAGCUAUGCAGGGAUAAUCCUUCUGAAAGACUGGGAAACUUGAAAAAUGGUGUCAAAGACAUCCAAAAGCACAAAUGGUUUGAAGGCUUUAACUGGGAGGGCUUGAAGAAGGGGACAUUGACGCCUCCUAUUAUCCCUAAUGUCACAUCAGCAGUCGACACGAGUAACUUCGACAGCUUCCCGGAGGACAACGAGGACCCGCCUCCUGAUGACAACUCUGGCUGGGAUGUUGAUUUUUGAAGCACUCCUCUCACCUUAAAACCAAAAGAAACUUGUCUUUUGUUGGCUUGGAGGCCAUCUUGAGGACAUGGCUGUGUUGUAAAAAAAAAAACCUGCAUUAAAAAUGAAAGAGAGGAUAUGGAAAAGAAGAUAAACAGAUGGAUGGCAAACCCUCUGGGUCACCGAUAUGCCUUUAUUUCACUGUGGCUCUGGAUCAAGCAUUUAUAAUGGGACUGCUGUAGCACUUCUUCGGUGUUGUCUUACACUCGGCUCUAAAGGCAAAGGCAAAGAAAGUGCAGGGAUAUAUACACACACAUACACACAAUAAAGCAGUGGCUGAUAAUGGGGCCAGAUUUUCCCAUGUAAUAGGGAAAAAUGUUUAGUGGGUGAAUGAAUGUUUGAUAGUCUGUCAAAGUUUUGGUUCUAAGAUAAAUAAGAGUGUGUUAAGUGUGAUGGACUACUCAAAAAGAGAGGAAGCUGAUGAUUGAUUUUUUUUUCUUCUGUGUUUGUUUUUCGGCAAUAUUUGAUGAAAUAUGUGGUGGACUUUGGGAGGUUAUAAGACGUUGUUCCCUGGUUUUUGACAUGCAGCUUCCUGCUGCAAGUCCGGACACUUUUCAGAGAUCUACACGCUACAGUUUGCAAGUAAACCUGGCAUCAAGUGCUUAAGACUAUCCUGAAUGUCACUGAUUUUCUUCUUGUUUAACAUCCAUGUGACAUACAGUAUGUACGGUACAUAGUAUUUGAAUUUACAAGUUACAUUCUCACUAUUGAACACAGCCGGGCUAAAAUCAAAUACUUAGUACACUUUAUAUAAGAUGAACCUACCUUGAAAAGCACAAACACUGUGCAUUCAGUGGAAAGAGCUGUGACUCUUCAAGUGCCCUGCUUAAAAUUUUAAUGAAUCACACACCGACACACAUGAAAUGUCAGCUAGUAUUUCCAUGAAGCAAUCUGUCAUUAUGCACUAAAAUCAGCAGUUAUAGCUCAUUUUAAGCUUCAGUACAUGAAGUCACACUCUUUUUUUUUUUAAAUAAACUUUUCAUCAUGCAUAGGAAUGCUUCUCUACCUACAUACUUCUUAGUUUUGUUUUUUAAAUCACCCAAAUGCCUCUUCCCAUUCAACCAAACGGGACAUCCUCUCUUCGCUCCUGUAUAGUUCUGAUAUAACUGUGAACAUGGUUUCAAUGUCUUUGGUGCUGUUAUUGAUAAAUUAUAAUAAGCGAUGGUGAGAAGACAGUACUGGUUAUUGUUUUUGUAUAGUGAUUUUUUUUGUGCUUGAUUCCUUUGUAAUGUACUUGACUUCCUUCAUUAGAAAAUUGGAGACUUGUGUCAAUUUGUAAACUUGAGUGAAGAUUUGUUUGAUAUCACUUGACACCAUGUUAGAUUGUGCUAAGCGGUAUUCUCAAGGUUUUUUUUAACAGGUUUAACAAUGUUGAGUUCAUCCAUAUAAAUUAACCAUCCUCUUCUUUGGGGGCAACAAAUGUCUCCUUGAGACAGACGGCAAAAGAAAGAAAGAAGAUUAUAUUUUGUGAAACCCACAGCUUUGACCACUAGCACCAUGACCUCACCCAGUUUAUCACCUCUCACGCUCAGAAAUCAGAGCAUAAAAUCAGAAGAAAUGUAAGUGCCUUAAAUCAAUGGCAUACAAAAUUAACAUCACAAGACCUUUUCGAUGCUGCAUGAACACAUAUACACCUCAAAAACGUAUGUGUCCUCUUAGAUGGCUGCUUCUCAUCCUUUGUUAUAAUCUAAUAAAUACAUUAAUCACCUUGGAAAGAAAAUUUCUAGUCAUUUGAUGGCGGACAAAAGUGUGUAUGAAAUAAAUUUCCUGCUUUACCCGUUUGAUUUCUCUCAUGGAAAAUUUAUUAACAGUAAAAUGAUAAAAAUCUAUCAUACCAGAUAUUGCUGCAAUGACAUGCUUUUCUCUAUGUAUCUAAUGUGAUCUUAUGAAGUCAACCACAGCUGGCCUGGUAUGAACAGUUAAUCUUAGCUCAGAAGCACCAUCUAUCAUCUGCUUCAGUCGAUGAUAGUCCAUGAAAUCUGAGCAUAUAGAGAUGGCAAGAAUGAUUUGCAGCUUUGAACAUUUCAGUAAUGUGAAAACAAUAUUCCUCUUUACCACUGUUGACAAUCUUUAACCAUAUGAUAACACUGAUCACAAUGCAUCAUCAUCAUUGUCCAGAUUUUCAUUUUAUGGUUUGGUUUGAAUAAAGCAGCACAACUCAUAUUUCAUCCCAGGAAGCCAAACAGAUGUAUUUAGGUUUAACUUGCAUAAAUCAGUGAAUAAUGUUUAUGGAGAGCUGCAAAUGAGAGGAAAUCUCAGUUCUAUCGGCACACCCUAAGUAUUUUACUGUAUUAAGAGCAGGUUAUGUUUAUCACAAAGCCUUAUGUAUGUCAUCACUUUACAAACCACUGGUUUUGAGUCUUAUACUGACCGCCUUCUGCAAUGGUACCUGAUAUUUGCCUUGUGUUAUGUUGUUUAUUCUGCUGUAAAUUCAUUUUGCAGAGUGCCACGUGUAAGAUUUUUAAAAUU